AUGAAAUUUUCUUUCCAAACUUCUCGUAUUGGCUUCAUUAUGCUCACAAUUUUUUUACUAGGAAUAAUGGUGACUGCUCAAAAAGGAGGACCAAGCACAAAAGAAACUUGUGUUGAAGCAUACCCAAACAAUACUGGAAAAUGUGAUCCUAAACAAUGUUCAGACGAAUGUAUCAAAAAGAGGGCAAAAGGAUCUUUUGCUAAGUGCCAAGAUAUAGGCAAAGGAGAUUUCCAAUGCAGAUGCUAUUAUUAUUGCCGUCGCUGA